GGAGAAUGACAGAUCAGAGUGAAGAACCGGUAAACGAUAGUGCAGAAUACGAGGAGGUGACUGUGUUCGUUGAGUUCGACGGAGUAGUUGAUGACGCAGACUUGCGUCGGGCUGCGGACAACAUUCAGUUUUCUGGUCUCGACACCGCGACCCCUGUGAUUCGGUUAGGGCGCUGGGAUUACAAGGCCCGAGUCGGGGACGACCAAGGAACCUGUCUCUUCUUCGAGGAAACCAAAGCGGCGAAUUCGAGCCUUCGUGACCCCCUGUUUGAAGAGAUUCCGCAAUCAUCGCUCAAGUACGCAGCAAAGACCAACAAAACUCUCGUUGCACACCACGUGACGCUGACUCCGCGGGAAACGGAGAACAAGUGAACAUGGUGGAGUCGUCGGAACUGGCUGCCGCCCUGGCAGUCGGCAAUCCCGACAAUCACAAUUCCAUUCCCGGGUUUUUGCUCAAACUACGGGUCCUUGUGGAGGACGGCAACAUAGACGACAUCAUACAUUGGGGACCGGGAGGUCUGACCUUUGUCAUAACCAACCCAGUCGCCUUCGCCGAGGAAAUUUUGCCCGUCUACUUUAAGCACAAUCAUUUGGCAUCUUUCGUGCGGCAACUAAAUUUGUACGGGUUCCACAAAGUGACGGGCGUUGGUGAUGGCGGAUUGGUGAAAACGGAGCGAGAGUGUCUCGAGUUCCGACAUCCCUACUUUCUCCGAGACAAGCCAGAGUUUCUUCGGCUGAUCAAACGGAAGCCUGCCGCGCAUCACAAGGGCUCGUCGGAAGAGAAGCCCGAGGUGAGCAAGGAAGUGCAGGGCCAAGUGUCGACGGGUGCCCUCAUGUCCGUGGCGUCGGCCGUGCAACAAGUCAUCGCGAAACAGGCCGAGACCGAGAAGAAGCUCGCCUCCCUCACGACUGAGAACGAGGUCCUCUGGAGGGAAAUCGCCUCGCUGCACCGCAAGAACAUGCAGCAGGGGCAAAUGGUGGACAAAAUCAUCAGGCAAGUCGAGGGAGCCACGGUUGUUCCGCGAAAUAGGGGAAAAGAAAGCCAAGUAAAAUCGACCAGUUCUCGGUUCCUCGUGAAGCUGGUGCAGCGGCCACACAAGAACAAUCGGAAUGCGCCGAUGUCGCCGGCGACGUCGGGACGCCCGAUCCCGUUGAUGAUCGAGCGACCGUCGAGCCAGGGCAUCAACAGGGACGCCUCGGGGAAGGCCACCACCACCACUUCGUCCACCUUGGGGCUGUCGAUGGAAUCGGGAUCUGGCUCUCCCCCGGGCCCCGUCAUCCACGACGUGACGGACCUGCUGCGGUCGUCGGACGGCAUCACGGUGUUGAAUGCCGAGGGCUACAAGAGCAUUGCCCAUGCCCCGACGCCGAUGGUUCAGGUGAUGCCGUCGUACGUGAAUGUGCCGUCGCCGGACGGACGCAUGACGGCGACUGCCUGUUCGUCCGUGGGCACUGGAACGGACGAGCCGGAAAUCUCCAUGCCUCUGAGUGUGCAACCCGCGACGGUCAUGAGUGAGGACGGCGAAAGCCCGGUCGGGGGCAACAACGUGCUCAUCAUCGACCCCGUCACCAACACGUACUAUGCUGCUCCGGGGAUCUCGUACGUCCUGGAUGGCAACAAGGUGAUUGUCAAUGCCGAUGGAACUCAUGUGGUUGAAGAAGUCGGCAAAGCGACGAUGCUGGACGUGAAAAGCGAGCCUGUCGCAAUUGUCGUCAACAGUAACAGUAGCAACAACAACAACGGUCGACAGGAGACGCGGAUGUCGAGUGGCGGCGGCAGCACCACCAGCUCAAGCACCCGGAAGCGGUCUUCCUCGACGACCACCACCAACGACAUCCCAGAGAAGCGACCGGCAUACUCGGAAGACGAUUUGACGGUGGCAGUUCCGUCGACGUCGCAAGGCCCGUCAAGCGGAUUUGCCUCGCCCCCGGAGCCGCCGUUGAGCCAGCAGUUUGACGUGGACAAAUUCCUCGAGUACCUGACGUCGAGUGACGCGCACUUUGACUUGCACGAGUUGUUCAAGAUUGCGUCGGAUCCGAGUGUGGCCAACAAGGUGCACGACGAGGUGAACAAGUCCCUGUCUGUGGCCAACAACAACAACAACAACAACAACAAUCUCCACAACAACCAACUACAUCAACAACAACAACAAGUACCACCGCAACAACAGCCGAGUACGAGCAAGAUCCUGCCCGAUCUGAGCGAGCUGAUUGAGAACGAGAGUGAAGAGCACGAGUCAUUUUACAAGGGCUUGGAGCAGUCGGAGUUUCAGAACUUGGACACUCCGUUGGCCGACGGGUUGGAUUAAAAAAAAAAAAAAAAAAAAAAAAAAAA